AUGAUGGAUGUUUGUAGAACGGUCAGUACUAAAUUGCCAGCAAUUUAUUACGGGAAUCAAGGUUGGGCUAUGAGAGAAAUUGAAUAUAUUUCAUCAUGGAUCUGUAUACGUCCAAUAGUAAUAUUACUUUUUACUGAUUGGUGUAAUACAUCAAUGAAUAAUUUAUUCAACUAUCAGCUGAAUAAUAUAUGGAAUAAUCAGAGUAUUCCAGUGAUUACAUGGGAAUUAUUUGGUUGUGGCGGUAGUAGUCAAUCGGGUAUAAUGCAACUUGUUCGAAAUAAUACAUAUGACACAUACAUAAACCAAUUUGGAGAUCGUUUGAAAUUGUGGUUAGCCGGAAAUGAUGGUGUUUUAGGUAGCAAUGAUGAUCGAAGGGCAUAUCUUCGAUUAGGUAUGAUGUUCAUUCCAAAACUUGUAACUUGUGUCUUUCAAGAUAGGAAACAGUAUAAUUAUCAUGAUACGUGUAUUUCAUUAAUCAUUGGAAAUUUGAAAGAUUGGUGA